AUGUUGGCCUCCCUCACCCUCCUCCUGGGGCUGCCACUCGCCCUCACCACCGAGCCCCCCACCUGCACCCCGCUCGUCCCAGUCACCUUCGACAGUGACACCAUCCCCAGGCUCCUGGGAGCAUGGAUCUACAUCACUGGUGCCUCCAAAUACCCACCUCACCUGGAGGAGCUCAAAGCAGUCAAAUACGCCAUUUUUUCCCUCCUUCCUGGCAGCCAUGAGGAUGAGCUCAAUGUCCUGGAAGUCAUGAGAAUGAAUGAGACCUGCAUGACAAGGAACACCAGCAAGAUCCAGGUCUUUCGGGAAAACUCCACCCUGAUGCAUGUCGAUGAAAAUGUGACUUCUACAGCCCAACUUAUCCAAAAUGACAAAGGCUUCCUCAUCCUGAACCACUCCAAUGGCAACUUCCCAGGUCUGAGCUAUUCAGCACGAACACUCAACGUGAGCAAGGAGUACCUGGAGGAGUUCAGAGCCCAGCUGCACUGCCUGGGCUUCACCGAUGAGGAGAUGUUCUUCACUUCUGAAAAGUAUGCCUGUCCCCUGCCUGGAGAGAAGACAGAUGAAGGUGACACAGAGUCUCAGCUGGGUAACUGACUUGGGCUGUCAGCCACUCCAUCCUCCUCCAGCUCCUCCACCGGGACAGCCAUUCCUACAGCCCUGGAUGGACUCAGCUCAGCCUCAGCACUUUGUGUGGAGGUUUUAUUUCUCCCUCCCUGACGCAUCACCUGCUUUUCCUGUUCUC